AUGAUCGAGUCUCCUGCCUAUGCCAAAACUUUCUCCCUCUUUUCCUGUUUUUAUUCUCUUUUCCACUUCUUUCUUCUUUUCUUCCACUUCCUGUCGCUCUCAUCGUAUCACUUGCCUAUUUUAUUACCUCGCCAUUCUUUUCCUCUUUUUCUCUCUCUCUACGUCUUCUUCCCCUGCUCGGCCAUUCAUCUUCGUCUCUCUAAUUCAUAUUCUCGUUCUAUUUUUUACCUAUCUAUCUCCCGAUGCUCUCUAACUAUUUCGAUCGUGUUUACCUUCCCAUUUUCUCUUUUGAUCGUCUUGUCCUUGUUUUUGAGUUCCGUAGAAAUACGACGAAAUCAGUUCCUAUCUCGUCCUUGUUAUUUCUCUCUCUCUCUCUCUCUCUCUCUCUCUCGUUCUCUAUCUACACAUGACUUUCUAAAACACUUAAGCAUUUUCGGUUCCUUUCUCAUCCUUAUUACAUCUUCAUUACCCCCCUUCUCCCCCUUCUCUCUCACUCUCUCACUGGAAAUUUUGCUUCAGCCAUCCAUGUUAGUUUCCGCUAUUUUCCUUGUUCUUUCUUCCUCUCUCUCUUUCUCUCUUUCUCUCUUUCUCUCUCUCUCUCUCUCUCUCUCUCUCUCUCUAUCUAUCUAUCUAUCUAUCUAUCUGGAUCUUUUCUAA